UCGUGGUUGGAAACGUGAGUGUUUUCGCUUUGCUCUUCACCUGGUUGCUCUGCGUACGUGUGUUUUUGUUUUCUGCUGUUAUUAUUCGCAUUCUUUUCCGCCGUGGAUACCAGAGAAGAAGAAGAAGAUGAUGGAAAUCAAGUUUGAUUUUUAGAUUCCGUCUAUAUAUAAUCGACUAGUUGAUGCAAAGUGGAUAAGUGAUAAGUGCUGAAACUCAAAGUUUAAAAUGGGAAAAUGGGAGUUCGUAUAUUGAUGUAUUGGGAUUGAAAAUUAGUUUGGCCUAAUCGUUCGGUAUGUCAGGAGGCAAACAGUGAUGUGAUGGCGUAAAUGUAUGCAGGAAAAAAUCCAUGAUAAGAUAAGCACAAUUAGCUUAGGCCAUCGUCAUAUCAGAGUGUGUCUUUCCUGUCCAAGUUUUCAAUGGGUCCGACUUGUUGAUUUGUAAUACAUUGUGGAAAAAGUGUACUGGUGUGUGAAUUACGGUAAGAACUAUGGUGAUAGGAAAACUACAAGCAUUGGAGUUUACGGACUGUCUUUUGGACAGUCCAGAAUUCCGAGAAAAUUUGAAUCAGCAUGAAAAAGAGCUGGAGAAAACAAGUCAACAAAUAAAGCGGAUUAUCAAGGAAGUGAAGGACCUGUUGGCUGCAGCCAAAAAUUUAUCACGAGCACAGCGAACGCUGUCGAAAAGUUUGAAUGAAUUCAACUUUGAGUGCAUUGGAUCAACGCAGACCGAUGACGAGCAGGUGAUAGCAGAUAGUCUUAAACAGUUUGGUAAGCUGAUAUCAGCGAUAGAAGAAGAGCGGGAUAAUAUGCUGGAUCGGGCACACGAUCAGAUUGUGGGGCCAUUGGAGGAGUUUCGAAAGUGUCAUAUAGGAGGCGUAAAAGAAAAUAAAAAAAAAUACGACAAAAAGACUGCCAAAUUUUGCCAGGCGCAAGAAAGGUUCCUUAACAUGUCCUCCAAAAAGCCAGGAGCUGCCGUUGUGGAGGCUGAUGCAUCAUUAGGAAUGCUAGAGAGAGAAUACCUGCAGGAGUCCCUCAGUUACGUUCUGGGAAUACAGGAAGUACAAGAAAGGAUAAAGUUCGAAUUUGUGGAAAUCAUCCUAAGAUUCAUAUCCGAUUGGCUGGUUUUUUAUCAUCUCGGUCAUGAAGUAGCAGAAGAUGCCAAAGAUUAUCUAUCAGAUCUGCAGCUUAAAGUGCAAAAGACUAGAGAAAAUUUUGAUGAGACUCGACAAAAAGCGCAGGAGCUAAAACACAGAUACAUGGAGAGUAAGAUGAAACCGGAAAGCGAGUACACUAAACAGGGUUACCUUUUUCUAAUGGAAAAGAAAGCAUUCACGGCAACAUGGUCAAAAUAUUACUGCACGUACAAAAAGCAGAGCAAAAAGUUUUCCAUGCUGCAAUUCAACCAAAUGUCGGGUCGAUCGCAAUCAUCCACGGAAGUAUUGACGCUGGCUUCCUGCACACGGCGGCUUUCGGAGUUCGAGAAGCGCUAUUGCUUUGAUUUGAUCUUUGAAGAACGACCGGCGAUUACGUACACAUUUCAGGCGCUAAGUGAAGAAGAUCGAAAAGCUUGGCUGAACGCAAUGGACGGUAAAGAACCGACAUACUUAGCUCCAUCACAAAAUCACAACGAGGAUGGUAAUCUAGAUGACGUCGGAUUUGCGUUUGUGCGCAAAUGUAUUGAAGUAUUGGAACGGCGGGGCUUAGAGGAAGAGGGUCUGUACCGGAUUGGAGGCGUGAGUACAAAGAUAACAAAGUUAUUGAACAUGGGACUAGACAGAAAAAAGACUGAGAAGGAUAGAUUGAUGUUUUUCAAUGAUGAGCAAAGCUCGGAUGUGUUAGAGAGUAAGACGAUAGCAAGUGCGUUGAAGCAUUAUCUAAGGAAUCUGAACGAACCGUUGAUGACGUUUCGGUUGCACCAUUCGUUCAUAUCAUCGGCGAAACAAGAAACAAGACAGCAAAGGAUAAAUGAUGUUCACCAACUAAUACACAGGCUACCAAAAAGCCACUUUGAAAUGCUAGAUAUUGUCAUAAGACACUUGAAGUGUGUUGCUCUAAAAUCAGAUAAAAACAAAAUGUCUGUGUUCAAUCUAGGUGUUGUAUUCGGACCAACUCUGCUGCGUGCAGCUGAGGAAACUGUCGCUGCCAUACUAGAUAUCAAAUUCAACAAUGUUGUGAUAGAAAUCCUGAUUGAAAAUCACGAUAAGAUCUUUAAGUCGUCGCCAGGAAAACAUGUUGAAUAUCUACCACAUGCAAAUACGAGCCCACCGAUGGCACUGCAAAGAUCUUAUGCUAACAUCGGAGGUGGUGGUGGAGGAGGAGGAGGAGGAGGAGGAGGUGGCAUAGGCAAUAUCGGAGUAGCCGGUUAUGCCAAAGAGCGCAAUGCAACGUAUUCUCAACCCGUUGUACGGGUUGUAGCUAAAUCUAAUUACACCGAACCAGUAAUGUCUUCUAGCCUGCAGAACAUUUCCAACGGAAUGUCAUUAUACAGUAAAGGAACCAAUCACUAUCCCACCUAUGAAGCAAAACCGAAGAUCGUAUCGUCAAUCAACAGUUCCACGCCGUCUCUGUUGCGAGACACAACUCUCUCACCUCGUGAGAUUAGUAUAGACACACGGGAAACUACUUACCUAAAGUCCGCGCCAUCUACAAUUACGAUAAGUAGUCACAAUAGUCCACCUCCGAAUCACAAUCAUCACUUGUCACGACAGGAUGGUGGGGGAAGCAGUCAGUUAUAUCAAAGUAGCUAUCAAAGCCACUUGUUGCACAGCCGAGGCGAUCCUACGACGAUAAUUCGUGGUGGUAGCGCAGGAUCGGAAACUAUAUAUAGUGCCCCUACAACAAUGCACAAGUUGGGUCAUCCUAACCCAAUGACGAGCAGUGAUUCCAAUCUCACCAAUACUAGGAAAGAACUUUCAAUUUACGAUCGAAUAAACUCUACCAGUAGUUCGAACGAAUCGGUGUGUUCGUCAUCUAGUCGAGAUCUCAACCAUUCCUAUGGAAGUAGUCGACCCAUAACCAGCUGGGACUAUACGACCGGCAACGGCAGCAUCGGUAUGGUGAGCAGUGCAUUGAGUAAAUUUUCCGUUCGGGACGAUGCUAGUCAAACUUAUAUCCCGAAAAAAACGCAACGCGUGAAAGGCCUCACCCGUCACACCAAACUGUUGACACCGAGAGAUAAUUUACGUGUGAGAACAUUGUAUGCAUGCCUAGCCGAAAAUGAUGGCGAGCUCUCAUUUGAGCCAAAUCAAAUCAUUACCAAUGUGAAGCGUUCCAAUGAGCCUGGCUGGCUAGAGGGUACACUGAACGGAAAAUCUGGGUUAAUUCCAGAAAACUACGUAGAAGUACUAAAGUAAUACUACCACCAAAAAGCAACCUAACUCGGAAUGAUCCUCCAACAGCUUAGCAGAAUUGUAUGUACAACACAAGUGUAUUUUGUGGUAAAUGGUCGAUUAACAACUAAUUGUUAACUGUAGUAGCUGAAAGAGAAGAGAGUUUUUGGCGGUAGAAUAUUUUUCCAUUUGAAAAAAAAUCCACUUUGGUUAAAAAAAAACUUAUAGUCAUAGUGACAGAAUGAAUGCAGGUCUAUUUUUGUUUUUUUAUGCUUAGUUCGCUGUGUUUAUAUUCUUGUUGAUAACUAUUUUUAUGUGAAUCAGUAAAAAUAGUGACAUAUUUCAAUUGAGUCAUAUGAUUUUGAACAAGCAGUACAAUAAACUUUGCUGCAUUGGUUAUGUCAAAGGACUUAAUAUUGUUAUGUUUCUUUUUUUUCCUUUUUUCGUUACGCAUUAACAAAAAAUGGAUAACACACAACUAUAUGAAAACAUGAAUCAUUUUGUACUUAAGUCAAGAAAACGUUUCAAGGGAUGCACAAUUUACACAUCGGCUUACUAUGUUUGUAUCGGUGAUCAUCUGACAUGAAAUGAGAGGCAUAGUUAAAAUAAGCAUCAGAAAAAAAUACAAUGUGACAGCGUUAUUCAGCGAGAAGUAAUACAGAAAGGCUUUGUAGUAACCACGCGAAUUUCAGCUAGAAAUCUAUUUCGGAUUUAAUACCUAAAGUAGGGUUUGAUAUGUCAAGGUUUUAAUAAGUGAAGCAAAAAUAAUGAUUACAAUAACAAACAGAAACACCAAUAGAUUCAAGGUACUAAUGUUUAAUUGUUGCUAUAAAUCUAAAGAACGAAAUGAAACGCUCGAUGAAACUACCGUAUAACACAAAUAUAUUAAAAGUUUUGCUUAACAGGCAAUCAGUAAAUCAACCACCUGAAUUCAAACAUAUGCAUAUGGUCUAGAAAAUAAUCAAAGACUUUUGCAUUGUAUCAUGCUUAUACGUUUCCAUGCACAUCGAACUGAGGCUUUUUGCUAAAAGCAAAACAUGUAUUUAUGCACCGUCCAAACGACAUGAUUGCUAUCUUUGCUGAUUUUUUUUUAUUUUCGAGAAGCAUUGUCAUUUUCUACUUUAUUCAUUUGAUGGAUGUUUUCCAUAAAAAAAAAACAAAUCAUAAAUAUUCUGAUGUGUUUUCAAUUGUGAGUAGGUUAGGAUGUUUAAUUUUCAAACAUAUGCCACGACUUCGGUCAUCAUUUCUUGCAGAGCGAGCUCGCACAAUUGAUUCACCUAAAGAGGAUAAUAAAUCAGUCUGCCUAACAAAUAUUAACAUUCUACGCACAUUUGUCGUAUGUUCCACUUAGACAAUGUUUAUAGAUUUCUGAGGACAAAGAGUCAAUCAAUAUAUUUUUUUAGGCGUGAAUGACCAUACAAUUAUAACGCUUAGAGCUUUCUAAAACAAUCUGCUUCAUUAUUAUCAUCAACAACAGUAUUGUGGUCAUGUUAAAUUAUCCAAAAUUAUUCUUAUUUAUUUGCACAUAAAACCGUGCGCCACGUUUUAAAAAUUCCCUAUUGGAAACGUCAGUUUUCUCGAAAUUUUGAAAAUUUGUUAUUUGCUUACGUAUUGGAUGUCUGACCAUGUACAUUAUUGAUUUUUCUGUCAUGCUUUGCUUUUCAAAGCUUUUUUUUUUCGUAAGAAUGAGUGUAUGUGUCGUUUUUUCUAGGUAAUUAAUAUUUCAUUUAUAUUUAAUCCGGUUGACAAUUUCAGAACAUAAAACAAUUGUGCGUAGAAUUGUAGUAUAGCAUAUUCGCCUAAGACUCAUCGUAAUCUAUACACGGCUACAAAAACAAAAGCACACAUACAAUAUGUUAGGGUACAACUAAUAGAGUUAGUGUAAUAUAUGUAAAUUUAUAUCGAUUGAUAAUAGAGUUUAGGAAAACAAGAAACGUAGUAACCAUUUUAAACGAGAGAAGAAUAUAUGGGAAACAAUGACACCAGAAAAUAAACUUUAGUGCUAAGUCUAGUACAAUAAGUGUGUAAGCAAACAGAAUAUGGACAGAACAAUUGACCACAAAAAUAUGAGAUGCAUAAAAAUUCUAAUAACUAAUUCAACUACUAACGCGAGAAGGAUAUCAAUCGUAAGAUAUAAUUUUGGUGCGUUUUGAUUGUUUUACGAAGAAAUUGAAUGACUUUGUUUUCAUCACGAAUGAAGGCAUUCAUUCCGGCCUAGUUUAUGUUGUUGUAUAUAUUGUAUACUUUGUAUAAUGCUACAAUUUUUUACUCCUAUGGGGAAAAGCAUCGGCGAACUAGUUUGGACAGUCGCUGCCCAUAACUAAUGUGACCAGAUUAGUCAUUGAAGCUCAUUACCAAUAUAGGAACUUAGUCAAAAUUUCGUUCAUAUUAUCAGUUGCCAUAUUACGUACAAACUAACAAAGUUCUCUGAGGAAAAUCUAUCCUAUUGUUUAGAUCGUAGUUUAAUCAGGAUCAAAUUUGUGAUUGUAGACACCAGCGUCGUCAUUUCCUGUACUUAAGUAGUUAAUCAUGACAUAGGCUACACGGUAACUUACAUUUCAUGGAUUUUUGUUUUCGUUCACGCAAUGUUUCGCUACUUCUGUCCUAUUUCUAAGCUUGGUUAUCGCAUCAUUAAUUCGUUUAUGCGAUUAGAAAAAAAUAAUGUGCUUAUAUGGCAAAAUAGGAGAAAUCUGCACACUUAAAUUUUUUAGCUGAGUCUCGGCAAAAAAAUGCCGAGAUUCGCACAGCCGAGUAAUCAGCAAUCAUCUCGGCAAAAAUAAAAUUACUGAGCGUCUCGGUAUCCUAAAAUUUGACAAACGUCAAAUAUUGCCGAAAUCGUCAGCAUAAGAUUUACUGUUUGCUCAGUGAAACGUUCACUGAAUAUUCGGCAAUCCAAUAAAACGAAAAAAUGGAAAAAAUAAAUUACCGAAUCAUCAGUAAUUAAAAAUCUAGUCAAAUAAUUUUGUUUGUAUUUUCUCAACAUUAUAAACACGCCAUUCAGGAUAAAAAAUUCAUUUUAUUAACACUUAAAGGAGGCUUACAAAUUUGUUGCCAAUAGUGCUUAAAGCCUACCUGAAAACAUGUAGCAUAAAUAAAAAGCGGCGUUUCCAGAUGCGGCCACCUUGAGUCGAGCUGGAAAUAUGAAAAUAAAAAUAUAUAUUGAUUUUUGGCUUACAAAAAUGUUCAAUAUUUAAUGAUGCAUAUACGGUAUUGUUCAAAUAAACUUACCUUGAUCUAUUGAAUUAUUCCAUGCAUUGGGUUAUUUUUUCGCAUAUCCCCCAAAGUUUUGUCUCGAGGACGCUUUGAGACCCGUGUUGGGUGUUUUUCCCUUAUAAUCGCGAGUGCUCUGAUAAAGACGCUUUUUAUAAAGCGAAACAUGUCACUAUAUUUAUUCAAUAUUUUUACUUGCAAGUGGUUCCACGCUUCUUCGAAGAUUAUCCAUUUUUUCACUCGAGAAUUUCAUUAGAAAAUAAUCGCACAAUGCGAAGCGAAAAUGUAACGCGGCAAUAAAUGACAGCUGUCGUGCUGAAUCUCGGCAACAGCUAGCGCAUAUUCCGAAAUCUCGGCAAACGUCUCUGCUGAUGUCGGCAUAUCUGUUGUUUACUGAUAAAUUCAGCAAGCAAUUAUGCCAAAUUUCGGCAAAGUGAAGCAUUUUACCGAAAUAUCAGUGAAAGCAUUUAACGAAGCUCAGAAACAUGCGUAUUGAUUACUGAGCAAUCAGCAAAUUUACGUGUUGCUGAUCAGUUUCGGCAUUUUAUUAUGCCGAGCUCAAGAAAUGGUUUUAAGUGUGUGAGUGAAUAAUAUUUCAGAAAUAUUUUUUAAUUAAACUGCAUUUUUUGUCUAAUUGUUUGCACACUACAUUACACAUUAUCGGAAAACUACUGAAAACGAAAUAGUAGAGUGAACAAAGUAUACAAGACUAAAGUAACAAAACCUUGGUAUUACUGUCCCUUCGUGGAGACAUACUUCGCAGCCGAUUCAUAAGAAUCCUUCCAGUUCAGGGCCCGAACAUACGACAACUGGCUUGUAAGACCAGCACUAUAUGCAUUGAACCGCUAACCCGGGGCGAUUUGAAUCUUUGUUAGUAUGGUUACUCCUUGCAAGUAUAAACCAUAUGAACGGUAUCGAGGGUAACAUGUUCACCGUAAAUUAUGGAAAUGUCAAUUUUUUGCAGGAAUGUUUUCACACAACCCACAAUAGAUGCAUUAUUCCAAUAAACACACAUGCAUAAAAAUUACAGUAAUUAAAAUGCUACUACUUAUAACAAGUAAAAACUAUUUUAAAAUUUUACAUCUAUGCAGCACAUAUGAUAUUUUGAGUCUGAUUUGGAAAAAACUGCCAGAUAUCGGCUAAAAUUACAGUGUGGCGGACGGAUAAAUUCAUAUUACCUUUAUUUUAUACUGAUAGUUAUUUCAUUCAAAUUUACUAUUCAAGUAGUUAAUUAAGGCAGGCACUCUAUGAAACGCGGUAAAUUUUCUUGAUUUCAUCGCACAUAAAAAAAUUUAAAUGAAAAAAAAAACAAUAUGGCAAACAUAUUGAACCUCUCCCAAGGCUGGUGACAAAAAACCCGUUCUCCCAUUCACACGAUAUCGUCCGCAAUAUACUUACAAAUAAUAUAUUAAGUUAAUCAAUUAAUUAGCUUGUCUCAAGUUCAUGAAGCUCAAAAACUAUAUGAAUGUUGAACAUUCAGAAUCAACGUAUAAACAAAUAAAUCUGAUUUUGUUAUUGGUUUCAUUUAUAGUGUUUUUAAACAUUUUAGAGAUUCACACACUUCUCUGUUGAGCAUCUUUCAUAAUUUCAAGAGAUUUGAGUCGAAAACGUGGUUUGGGGGAAACGAGCUUCAAGGCUUAGGCACUUUGAAGGAAUGAUAGAGCGCGAAUAAAUCCAUAUCUUCGAAAAUAUUCAAAAUUCAAUCAUCAAAAUUUGCGAUUACGUUUACAAAUUAUAUCUAUCGAUUGAAGCGACAAAAUCGAUUUUUCAUGGAAUGUUCCUUUGAUUGACAUUGUGUGUAAAUUUCAUAAUUUUUUUCUAUGUUUACUCGUACGAUUUUAUCACAUAACUGCAGUUCAUUCAUAUCGGCGGUAUCCUGGUGGGAGUGAUCAUGAUAGCAUAUACCUUCUUUUGUUUUAAUUCUGAUAGUUUUGAGAACAACGCUAUUUUGCAUGUGUUGGUUCCUCGUCAAUUUUACAUCUGAUAGCCGAAUUUUAGUAGAAAGCACAAGAAUUUGUACUUUAAUUCAUAUGCUAACUUUAAAUAACAUUAACAUAUACGAACAGCGAAAAGUCAGAUAUGUGGAACUUUGUUUGAAAAACCAGGCUAAGUAUUUUUGAAUGCAAAAACCGAACUUGAAUUCAAAGCAAUGCAAAAUUCGGUCAAAACGGAAUGAAAACAUUUGUUCCGAAGGAACCGGCAAAGUUUUUUGUUCCAGUUUAUGCAUUCAAAGUAUUUUUGUCUGUCUCUUGUAUAAAAAUGACUUGACUCGCAUACUCUAAGUCUGUUUUUUUUUUCAUUCACUGUUAUCCGAUUGUUUGUUCAAAAAUAUUUAGCCGAGUGUUUUAAAUUAAGUUGCACUUAUCAGACUUUUGAAUUCAGUCGUUCAUAUGAUAUACACCAAUUCGAUACGAAUCACGAAAUAUGAUUGCAUUUAUGAAUGAAACAAGAGUUAUUCUUUUGUAAUGAAACAACUAACACGCAUAAUUUAGUGCAUAAUACAAACUUUUAUGCAUACACGACGAUCUAAAAGCUUCAGUUAAUGUUGACUUUAUUUGAACUGCCAUUAGUUGCACAACUUUAGCUUGUAUUUGUAGCCUAUCCAUCACAAUACACAAAGCUAUCAAUCUUUUGCUUCCAAUGUUAUCCAAUGUUCCAAUGUUAUAUAAGGCGGUCUAAUGAAUGUGGACAUACCAUGAGAUUGAAACUAAUUAGAAUAGCAGAAAAAGGCGAUUUUCCAUGACGUGUAGACAAGUCAAUAACUGCUCGAGUAUCGGGAGGAUCGGUGAUAUGUCUAUGAGUUUGUAUCCAAAGGCAGUGUAUUCUUCUAAUCAUUCCCUGUUUUAAACAACAUUUCCACAUUGUAUCCAGUUUUUUCGAGUGUAGAUUAACCCUUAUUUUUAAUUCAAUUAUCGAUUGGUACAGUAUGAAAUAGUAAGCCAAUAGAAACAUUCCCCUAAUUUAGUUGUGUUCACGAAAUGUCAAUUCUUUUCAUCUAAACCCUAUUUGAUUGUGCUUUAAACAAUUCCUUUCUGAAUAAUUCAAUUAUAUGAGCCUUUUUGUGAAACAUAAAUCACGUCGUAAUGAGAGAGAAUAAAUUAGUCUGUGAUAAAAUCACAACAAGAAUUGGAUUUGAAUUAUUUUAACAUAAUUUCAGUGAUGUUCGUUUUUAUUUCAAACAAUCUAAAGAUUCGUUUAUCCAUACACUUAGCGCCAUGUAAAUACAUUUUAGUUUCCGUUAUUAUGUUUGCAAUGUUAUCGAUUGUUGAUUUUUAUUUCAUACUAGCAAUGAUUUUAAUCUACCAUUUGACCUUUUAUAUUGUAAACUAGCACUCAACUAUCCUUAUCGGUCUCUUAGUUCAGGGGAUCACGCAUGUGAGUAUCCAAGUAUUAUAUUGUAACGAAAUGUUGGGCUAAACAAAAAAUAAGAGCAGUUUAGGUUUGGUAUUUUCUCUUUUAUCAUAGAAAAAUAAAAACUAAUAGGAAGUGUUCUAGAAACUAAGAUUUGUGAAUAUACUGUUAUUUAAUUUUAUGCCUUUUAAGUCAGUUGCAAGGACCGUGACUACGAAGAACGAUAGGAAGUGGAUAAAAUGUGAAUUAUUUUAUUUAUACAAGUAUCUCGAUGAAUGAUUCCUUGGUAUGUGGAAGUACAGUCAAAGAAAGAAAUAAAUCUUCAUAUAACAUAAA